AUGGACGGCGGCCAUAUGCAGCAGCAGCUGCCGAUCUCACCGGACCAACUGGACAGCCCUCCUCUUCACCCGCUUCCCCCUUCGCUGAUUCCACCCCAUUUAGUUUCUCACUCAUCUAAUGCCGCUCCCAUAAAUUCGCCGCCAAGGACCACCACUCCCACUGCUCCUACCACUCCAUCGUGUCUCAGCAUUCUCCCUGACAGUGAGAAAUGCAGUGAUUCUCAAUUUGUUCAGGAAGAAGCACAAGUAAAACCUAUUGAUGGCAGUCCAAACACUCCCAGUAAACACAAUAUGGAAAUUAAAGCACCGAUGAUUGGAAUGAAAUUUGAUUGUGAUGAUAGUGCAUAUGAGUUUUACAAAGAAUAUGCUCAUAGAAUGGGCUUCAGUGUAAGGAAACAGUAUGUUAGGCGAGGAAGUGCUGGACAUGUUAAGAGGAGAACAUUUUGUUGUUCAAAAGAAGGUGAACGAGCUAUUGACAAACGUCGUGAACAGGAUUUGCAAGAAAUGAGAAUUAAAUGUUGUUUGUCCUCUAUGGAGGGUGAGAUCCAUGGUGAAGUUGCUCCCAAGAAUGUUUCACAAGAUGACGGUGGAUUUGAGUCACAUGUGGACAUUUCUCAAGGCAUAUGUGGGAUCAAAACAAAACCUACUGUAGGUCGUCCAAGAGGAAGGUUGAAAAGUUCAUUAGAAAGGACAAAAAAAAAAUCUCAAAAUAAGAAGGAUCAAUCCAAAAAGACUUGUGGAGCAAGACAAUUUCAAUCAUGUGGUGGCCUAAAUAGAGUUGAUUCCUCAGUUAAUAUUAAUUCUUACAAAGAACAUAGUAAUGUUGAACAACCAUCACAAUUAGUAGAUAACAUAACUCAGGAAUCUUUCAGUUGUAGUAAUUUGGUUGGACAAGACAAUGUUGUUGGGUUCAAUGGUUUGAAUCAGGAAUUUUUUGAGUGUGAAUUUUUGGUUGGACAAGAUCAUAUUGGGUUAUAUGGCUUGAAUCAGGCUUCGGUAGAUCCUGAUAUUGACAACCUUUGAAAAACACCAUAUUGGUUGUUUUCCUUGUGUUUUGCACAGUUUUUGGACAAUAUAUUGGCUGUUAUAUAACAUCUAGUGGACAGAACUUUAACAGUAUUUUUUGGACAGCACAUUUGACUUCGACAGAUUUUUGGAAAGCAUAUCUGACAAUUUGGAUAGAUUUUUUGGACAGCACAAUUUGGACAGAUUUUUUGGACAUCACAAUUUGGACGUAUGCAAUGGGAAAGCUCAUUUUUAUAUCUUUGUAUCUAUGUAUUUGCAUAUUUGAACAAGACAGCUUUGAAUGAAUGCAAUAGAAUGAUAUGGAUGGAAAUUUAAAUUCAGGAACUUUAAAUUUAGCAAUAGAUUUGUUGAGCUUUUCUUUUUAUUUAGCUCUCUUUAAGAUUGGUUGGCUGGAUGAAACAUGCAAAAGUUUGCAACAUGGUUGGCUGGAUGAAACAAAUAUCUCCAAGUAUCUUUA